AUGUCCCCGCCACGCAUUCCUGCGACCUCUGGUUUUACCUCGCUGGACGCUUCGGAAAAGAUAGAAGAAGAAUCAUUUCCAUGGUACAGCCCCAGCACCUUCUAUCCCGUGCGCAUAGGGGAAGUCUUCCGGACCCGUUAUCAAGCUCUGGCAAAGCUCGGUUAUGGCAGCUCCGCCACCGUCUGGCUCGGUCGUGACCUUGUGGAGCACAGAUACGUGGCGCUCAAGGUGUGCGUGCGCGACUAUCCCAGCAUCCUCAGGGAGAAAAGCGCAUACGAGCGGCUGCGCUCAGUCAGGGAUUCUCCGUUUGUCCAAAAGUGCUGGGACACUUUCAAGAUCGACGGUAUUGGAGAUGCCUCUCAUGAGUGCCUCGUGCUCGAGCCGCUCAGCAUCAGCCUCGCUGCUUUGGGUGCGAGAAUGAGGGGCUGGGCGGACAUCCCCUCCUUUCGCGCGACGGCUCGGCAAGUUGUAGAAGCUUUGAGAUUUCUCCACGAGGAGGCUCACCUGAUCCACUGCGAUCUUCGCAAGGAGAAUUUCCUCUGUGGCGUUUCGAAGGACCGUGUCUUCCGAGAGAUCGAGGAACACGAAAACCGAGAGCCCUCUCCUCGGAAGAUCGACGGUGACCGCGUCAUACACACUUCUCGCCACAUCACCAUCAUCGCUGACCUGACGGGCGUUGUUCUGAGCGACCUCGGGGAAGCCCGCGCUGGCGACACUCCCGACGUCUACUACGAUGACAUCCAGCCGUUCCCGUACCGGGCGCCUGAGGUCAUACUGGAGGUUCCAUUCUCCUAUCCCGUGGAUAUAUGGAACGUCGGCGUCAUGCUCUGGCAUAUGUUUGAGCGGAAACCCUUGUUCCACCCGUACCUUCCUGAUGGGGAAGCGCAGAUGGUCCACCUAGCGGAAAUGGUUGCCGUCAUGGGUCCGCCACCGCCGGCCUUCCUUUCGCGCGUCAGGAGCCCAACUUACGUCCGCUGGAAUUAUUUCGACGCGAGCGGAAAGUGGACUGGCGUCAUACCGGUUCCAUCGGACAUGUCGCUCGAGUCAAGGGAGACACGAUUGGCCGGCGAAGAGCAAGCUGAGUUCUUGCGGUUCAUUCGGCGGUGCUUGCAGUGGGAGCCGGAGAAGAGGGCCACUGCCGCGGAGUUGUGUCAAGAUCCCUGGCUAAACGUCACUGCGCCUAGUUAG